AUGUCUAGUGAAAACUUACAGACGAUUGAAGCACGAUUGGACCAAUGUACUAGUGAAACAGUCACUACCAAUGACAUGGAAGAGAAGGAAGAGGCUGAUUUGGUAAGCUCUGGACUUGGAAACAUUCCAGACAUCGACGAACAAUUGCAUACUGAAAAGGAACAGAGUUUGGUACAUACGGCAAUUAUUGAAAAGGAUAAUCCUUUCUUUGAGCAAAAUCAAAGGAGGGAAGAAUCUAUGUCGAAAAGUACUCCUGUGAAAAUAAGUAAUGUGAAGAAACCAGUGAACCCUAAUAAUACUUAUAACAGUGAGGCAGAUGAUCUAUUACACAAUAGAAAAUCUGCAGAUUCGACACUACCUUCUUUGUCUGCUAAUAGUAAUUCAAAGGAGAAUAGCGUUACCAGUUUGCAUCAAAUUCCUUCUUCUAAUUUGAACGACAGCACUAUGAAUGAAGGAAGUAAGAGGGUUCAAAUUAAAGAGACCAAUAAAGUUUCUGAAGGGCAGGGAAGGAAUUAUAUUGCAUACACCAUCCAGUUUGGGGACAAUACGGUAAAAAGACGGUAUAGUGACUUUGAAUUAUUGAGAAACAUACUGUUAAAAUUGUUUCCGAUGACCUUAAUACCUCCAAUUCCAGAGAAACAAAGUAUAAAAAAUUAUGGAAAGGCUAUUACUGGUUCAAAUUCCUCCACCUAUCUUUUGCCCUCUGAAGAUGUUGGUCCAGUGGAUUUGUCACUUUCUGUUAUAAAUGGAUCUGUAAGUAACAGGAACGAAAAACUUAUACGACAUAGAAUUAGAAUGCUCACACAGUUUCUCAACAAGCUUUUACAAAAUAAAGAGAUUGGGAAGACCUCAAUAAUUAAUGAUUUUUUAGAUCCGAAUAACCCUCACUGGUCCGAUUUUAUCAAUAGUUCAGCUACUUUUUCAUCGUUACCCAAGAAUCGUUUGCAGUGCAACCCAUUAAAUCCAACUAGUACAACUAGAAUACAUGCAUCAUUACCUAUACCUUCCUCAUCGAUAUUACUUUCAUCGAAGGAAAAUAUUGAUGCAAAUAAGAGGCAGAAUGAGGAAAAUUUCAAUAGUGCAAGCACCACAAAGGAUUCUUUCCAGGCAAUUGAACAGGAUUAUAAGAAAUAUGAGUUUCUUUUAGACAAUGGUGUUUAUAAAUAUAAUAGACGUAUAACGAGAAAUUUCCAUGACUUAAAAUACGACAUGAAAGAUCUGAAUGAUGCUUUGGCCCAAUUUGUCAAUAAAAAGGGCCAGGAAACAGAUUUAGUGGAGCAACUUUCGUAUCUGAGUAAUACAUACGACGAGUCUGCAAUUUUAUUGGAGAAAAUGGUAAGUAGACUUUAUUAUAACAUUAAUGAACCACUCGAUGAGUUAACUAGAAUGGCGGGGUCUGCAAGAGAGCUACUUAAAUUUCGCAAGCUCAAAUACAUCCAAAACGAGAAUAUUAAAAAGACAUUAAGCAGUAAGACUACACAGUUAUCAAAGAUUGAACAACAAAACCAUGACUUCAAAAAAAUCGAUAGAGUAAUCGAUCAGGAGAUGAGUAAAAGCCAUAAAAUCUCAUUAGAAAGACCUCCCGAAGACUACAAAUCAAGCACGUAUAGCGGUAAACUUUUUAAUAAAUUCAACAAACUAGCUGCUAUGGUCAAAGAAACCGUUAAUUAUCAAGAUAUUGACCCAAGAGUAACAUCAGAGAAUUUACAAAAGGAUAUCAAAGUUUUAACUGAUACGCUCAACGUUACAGAAGCAGAUUUGGUCACAAUUUCGGAUGUGAUUGCGAAUGAUCAAUUGCCGAAUUUUUCUGAGGAAAGAGAAAGAGAAAUUAUUGACAUUUUAAAGCACUAUUCGAAGUACAUGAAAGACUAUGACAAAAAAAAAUCUGGAAAUUUGGAGAGAGCUUAA